UAAUACGUGUAAAGUGAAACUGAGUGCUCUUGUGAUUUGGAGACAACAGAAGCACGGCAAUAAUGAAAUUCUGGAGACUCAAACACCAUCAUCACAGGACGUAUUUCUAGAACACUACUAGGUUAGCAAUGGAGGAAGGCCAACCCUAUGUAGGAACAGAAGGAGAAGAACUGGAAGCCAUAUCUGAUGCUGAUGCUAUUUCUCCUGCUCCUGCCAUGCAUUCAAGUGAGGAAGAUACCUAUGCAAACAUGACUCCAUUUCAAGCAUUCCAGGAACAGACAGAACCCACCAAUCCACUAGGUGACGAAAGUUCCAGAAGUCCCAAUUCUUCCAUGACCACUAAAGAACUUCAGGAAUACUGGAGGAAUGAGAAACGCAAUUGCCGGGAGGUUAAAGUCCUUUUUGAAAUCCCCUCUGCCAAAAUUGUAGAGAAGCCCUUCACUAAAUAUGUGGUAUACCAAAUUUUCAUCAUCCAGACGGGCAGUUUUGACAGCCACAGGUCCGUGAUUGGCCGACGGUAUUCUGACUUUGAAAGACUGAACACGAACCUCCUGAAGGAAUUCUAUGAUGAAAUGGAAGAUCUGACCUUUCCCAAAAAGACUCUGACCGGAAACUUCACUGAAGAGAUCAUCAUUGAGAGGAAAUUAGCCUUCCAGGAUUAUCUGCGCCUUCUGUACUCCAUGGAGUGCAUCCGGACAUCUAAGCUGUUCAUUGACUUCCUGAUGAGACCAGAACUGGAGGAAGCCUACGGUUGCCUUCGAGGAGGACAAUACAACAAAGCUUUAGCCGGCUUUCUGGAGGUGGUUGCCCUGCAAGAAAAACUCACCAAACACAGGCCCAUCCUGUUGGUCCCGACCCUCUGCGCCAUCGUCGUGUGUCACAAGGACCUCGAAGAUCCAAGAAGUGCUUACGAAAUUGGAGAAAAGGCUUUGCUGCGCCUUGAGAAAUACUCGGGUCAUCGGUACUACCUGCCCUUGUUGGAAACCAUGAUUUCCUUGGCCUACGAACUUGGCAAAGAUUUUCUUUACUUCCAGCAGAAAAAGGAAGAACGGAAGGCCAGGAAGCGUCAGAAUAAAAUGGUGACACUCAAAGAACUUGCUGUUCAAGAGUACAUCCACUAAGACUAGGAACUUUAGACUCUCAAAUCAAAUCAAGCAUCAGUCACAAUUUCGUAACCUUGACACCAUCAGUGGCCAUUUUCCCAGCUAUUGCAUACUUCCUCUCCAUUCUAAAGGUCUAUUUCCCCCAAAUUCCACCAGUAUUCACAUUUGGGCAUAUUGGACUCUGAUGGACUCAAAUUGAUUGUGUGUAGGAUGACGAUUUAAUUCUGGCAAUUGUGCUAAUGUUUUACUCUUUUAGGAGCCCCUGGUGACGCAGUGGGUUAAACCCCUGUGCCGGCAGGACUGAAGACCAACAGGUCGAAGAUUCAAAUCUGGGGAGAGGCGGAUGAGCUCCCUCUAUCAACUCCAGCUCCUCAUGUGGGGACAUG